AUGAACCGAUCCCUCGUCGCUGAUUUAUACACUAGGGAGUCGAAGCUGACGCGGCUGCUGGGCGCCGGGCUGUCGGGGGCGCGCGGCGAGGCGGUGUGCGUGGUGGUGACGCUCAACCCGGCGCCAGACUGCGCGCACGAGACGCGCCACGUGCUGCAGCUGGCCGCCGUCGCCAGGGACAUACAGGUCAACAACACCGUGGCGGAGUACUCGUCCCUGGAGACCAGCGCCCAGGACUCGAGCGUCUGCAGCGCGGAACUGCUUAAGCUGAGGACGGAAAACGAGCGUCUACACUUCGAGCUUCUGCAGAAAGUGGAAGGAGCCCAUCUAGCGGGCCAUGAGCCAGGCCCCGGGCAGUGGCACGGCGCCCUGGCCUUGGCCUGGCGUGGCAGCGAGGUGGCAGCGAGGUGGCAGCGCGUGGCACGUGGCAGGGCGCAGGGGCGCGCGCGCGAGCUGGUGGCCGCCAUGGAGGAGCGGCAGGCGGCCAGCGCUGCCACCAUGCAGGAGCUGGUGGACGAGGCCAAGGACAUGACGCGCCAGUACUACGAGGCGCUGCUCGCCGCCGCCAGGGACGAGAUGGAGGAAAUGAAAGAGGAGUAUGAAGCGCGACUGAGCAAGGUGGCUCCACAACCCGCGCCCAGGGAGAACACACCUUCGCGCCUUCUACAAAAUAAGAUAGCCCAGCUAAUGAGGGAGAUAGCUAUCCUUGAGGAGAAACUGACUGCGGAGGUGUUAGCUCGGGCCAGGGCCGAAGAGGAGUUACAACAUUUGCGAGUGUGCAUAGAGGAGAGAGACGAGAAAGCGUACAAAGACUCCCAGAUGGGCGACGAGGAGGUUAUGUCCCUCACCGACAGCGAAGACGGCAGCGACACCGAGGAAUCGGAGGAUGCACGCAACGAGAGCCUCGAGCCGACCUUCAAGAGGGAGGACAUCAACAGGUCGCGGCUGAUGAGGCAGAGCCUGGCGAAGGCCCCUCCUGCCCCGGACAGCGCUUCUGAGGACAGCCUCUCGGAUGGAAUCGACGAUUGCACCGCAGAGAAAGUCAACGACACCCUCGAGUUGGAGAAAUCUGACGACACUCUGCUCGACGAAGACAGGUCCGUCGCCGGUCUGGACGAGGAGUCGCGCGUUAAUCACGAGGAGAGCGCUGGUGGCGCGGCUGAUGAUGAAUUGGAAGAAGCAAUAGAAGAUACGGGGAACACGGUAGACGACGCGGGUUUCCAAGAACCUAGUGAUGGAUUUGACGCUGAUGAUGGAGAGCUGGUUAGCGGCGAGACGGUGAUCAGUUCGAGUGACGCGGUCGAGGAGAAGUGCGUGUCGCAGAUGAUGAUGCGCGGAACGUAUUUCGUCAGGAGGUCCCAAGAUGACAGCAAGACGGGACGGUCGGACAGUGCGGAACUAGAUAUCACGAAUAGGGACCGAGAUGAGGCUCAAAAUGGGGAAGAACAGAGCGCCAUCGGUCGAGAGGAUGCUAAUGGAAAAGAGAGCGUAGCAGAGUUGAGAGAAGGAUCUGAAAGUGUAAAUAUUCCGCUUAAUGUGUCGGAGACGUUAGUGAAUAAAAUAAUUAAAUCGUUGAAGUCGACAUCUGAAUCACACAAUUCGAACGCUUCUUUGGCGCAGUUUGAACAAUUGGAAAUGGCAGCGAACGAAAUGGACCAUCGGGCAAGAAGAAAAACUUCCGACGGCUUGUUGAAAAUUGAAAUUGUUAAAGAGAAAAAGACAUAUUUCGACGACAACGGCACUAGUGCACCUUCAAUUGAUCGCGUCAUCAACGAGUCGGGGAAAGAGAAGAAAGUGUACUUCGACAAUUUAGAUCCCAUCGUUGAAAGUGGAAAGAAGGACAGAAUAUCCGAUGUCAAAUGUAUGGCCAAUCUGAAGUGUGACGAGUUCAGAUCGCCGUCGAUCGUAAAAGAAGACACCGGAUUAGACUAUGAGCCUAGUACGAUGAAACUGUUUGGGGAGAGUUUCACACGGCAACCAGAUCCCAUAUCGAUCGUAAACAAAACGGGUCUACUGAAGAAGAAAAACGACUCUGUCGACGUUUUCGAAUGUUUCGAUUCGCCGCGAACUGCAACCGAUACGAAUGAAGUUGAGAACAUUCGGAAAUCCAUCAACAAUAUUGUUUUAGACGAUAAAGCGGAUAACGUGGAUGUCAAUUCUAAAGUAGAACUUAACGAGCCUGUAUCAAUUGAAAAGCCGGUUGAAAGGGAAAUUUUUUCAGGAUCAACCAUAGACUCGUCUAAUCAACAAGCGGAGCCUAAAGUGGACAACACUUUGGAGGAGUUCGAGAACAUUUAUAAGGACGUAUCUGAAGCUAGGGCGACGGACUUCGAUUUGCUGGUGACACAAGAGAUAAACAGUUCCAAUAGCAAUGGCGAUACUACCGCAACGGACGUCCAAGGAGCCGCCGACAGGAAAUACAAUCUGCGCAAGAAGACGCUGAAGAAGUCCGAAUCGGAGGAGAACUACACAAAGAGGGAGAUCGACGAACACUACGUCAUAGAGAUCCUGAAGGAGAGCCAGGCGAAAUGCGAGAGCGCCGCGAAGAGUAAGAGGAACCAGCGGCUGCGGAGGAGAAGGCAGCAGGAGAGCGAAGCGGAACGGGAGCGGGGCGAGAAGCUGAAGGACAUCGCUAAUCUCCAGACGCAGUUCUCCGACGUCACGAUGGACCUGCCCGCGCCCCAGAGGCAGGCGAGAGACAUCGCCUCGCCCGAGAAACGAGUGGAGACGGAGAACGUGCCGCCGAUGGAAGCGACACAGAGCUGCCCCUCUAAAAGCGUGACGCGCAGCCGGCGGAAGCUGUUCACGCCGCGCGCAGAGCCGCUGGAGGAGGGCGCGGAGGGGGCUGAAGGGGCGGAGGGGUCGGGGGGCGCGGAGGGGUGCGGCGCCAGCGCGGAGCAGCCGCGCGUGCGGGUGCUGCGCCCCUCCUACCAGCGGCCGCGCGCGAGGCGCAAGCUC